AUGUAUAUAUAUAUAUACAUACAUACAUACANUCUUGAUGUGAAUGUUGCUUAUGUCGAAGGCCGGGAAGAGGGUGAGAGGAGAGCCCCUCAUCUUCCUUCGACACAGGAUUUCUUCACAAUGCCUUCUGGAAAGCGAAAGAGGGAAGACUUUCCUUCACAACAGAACACUGGUGGAUACAUCCCACAGCAAGAUGGAGCUGGAGAUACGAUAUCAGAUGAUAUGAUGGUAGAUCAAGGGAGCAGCAGUCAGCAUUUUUUGGUAAAUGCUACCCAACAGAUGGUUGUUCAAAGGGAGGGACUGUCUUCUAGGAUUCCUCAGUUGGAUGGUCCCAUGCCUGACCCAUACGAUGACAUGCUUUCUACACCUAAUAUAUACAAUUAUCAAGGUGUUGCCAACGAAGACUACAAUAUUGUGAACACGCCCGCGCCGCAUGAGAUGCAAGCACCGACUCCAGCUCCUGCUCCUGCUCCCCAGAAUGACAUUGCAGAUGAUGACGAAGAUGAACCUUUGAAUGAAGAUGACGAUGACGAUUUGGAUGACGUGGACCAAGGGGCAGAUUUGAACACAGCACAUUUGGUUCUGGCACAAUUUGACAAGGUUACACGUACCAAAAGCAAGUGGAAAUGCACUCUGAAGGAUGGCAUUAUGCACAUAAACAACAAAGACAUCCUGUUUAACAAGGCAACAGGAGAGUUUGACUUCUGA